AAGAGAAGGAGGAGCGGAAAGAGAAGAAGAAGAGAAGGAUGGGGAACGGAAAGAGAAGAGGAAGGAGGAGACAGGUGAAGGGAGCAGAGCCGAGGACAGGACGGAGAAGAAGGAGAAGAAGGAAGGGGGGAGGAAGAAGAAGAAAGAGAAGAGAAAGGAGGAAGAAGAAGGAGAAGAGAGAUGAGAAAGAUGAGGGAGGAAAAGAGAGGAAGCGGGAGAGGAGGGAGGAAAAGCGGGCGGAGAGAAAGGAGAGGGGGAAGAGAAAGGAGAGGAAGACAGAGGAGGGCCAGGAUGUGAAGAAGAAAGAAAAGAAGGAGAAGAAGGAGAGAAGGCGGAGUGAGCAGCCCUUAAGCCCUGGUCAUUCAGGGAGAAGCAUCGAGGUGAGGAAUGAAGGCUUUAAGAGCCCUGAUCAUACUGCAAAAGGCUCUGAUCAAGGAGCGAAAUCCUUAGCCGAUGCGCUGAAGAGUCCUGACGCUUUAAAGAGUCCUGACGAUCCAAAGACCCCUGGAGUCGAGUUAAAGAAUCCUGGGGAUUUCAAGAGUCCCGGGGAGGGUGUAAGGAGCCCUGUAGAGGGAUUGAAUAAUGCUGAGCAGCCAGAAGGAAGCCCAGAUUUGCUUAGAGGGAGUGUUGAUAUGUCCGUGAAUAUGGAUGGUUGCUCUAAAGGAAGCCCGGGUCAGUCCUUAGCGAGUAUGGCCAGUCCUGGGGUAAAUAGUGUGGAGGAGGGAGAGAAGAAGGGGAGUGUGGAAGGGCGGGGGGAAAAGAGCGAGGAAGGGAAGGAGGGGAGGAGGAAGGAGAAGGGUAAGGAGGAGAAGGAGAAAAGGAGAGAGGGGAAGAGGGAAGGGAGGAGCAAAGUGGAAAUAGAGGAGGCUAGAAGGAGAGAGGAGAGGAGAGAGAGGAGGAGGAAGGAGAAGCGGGAGAGGAAGGAGGCGAAGAAGGGGGAAGGGAAGGCGGAAAAUGAGGGGAAGGGGAAGAAAUGUGAGGAGAAUGAGGGUAAGGAGGUCGAGGAGGAGAAAGCGGAGGGGAAAGCAGGGAGGGAAUCAAAGGAGAAAGCAGAUAAGAACGCGGCGGGUAAACUAGAGGAGAAAGCGGAGGGGAAAGCCGGGGAGGAUGCAGAGGAGAAACCCGAUAAGACAGCGGAGGGGAAAGCAGAGGAGAAAGCAGGGGAGAAAGCAGAGGAGAAAAUGCAACUAGUGACAGCUGAGCACAAUGAGAAGAAAUUCUGCUGUGAUGGCGAUGGGGAGGAGGCAGUAAUUGGACAAAAGUGUGCUGCCACGCCUCGAUACGCGAUCCAAAGAAGGGAGAGUGAGCUUCUGGUGCUUGGAGUGGAUACCGCUGAUGAUGCCAUGAGGCGGGGUGAGUUGUCGUGUGUCACAAGAGAGCCUGCCUUUGAGUCGACUCAAAAGCUUUUGGUGCUUGGAUCGGAUGCUGCUGAUGCCAAGAGGCAGGGUGAGUUGUCGUGUGGCACAAGAGAGGAGCUUCAGGCAAGCACGAGCAGAGAGAGCAACCCGAGAGAGGAGCUUCAGAGGCUAAGGGACGGGGAAGGGGAAGCGAGUAAGGAAAGAAGAGGACGGAAAGAGGACGAGCGGCAAAGGGAGGAGAGGAAGGAGGAGGGGAGAGGGAGCAAGGAGCAUGAUGAAGACCGUCUAAGAGAAACGAGCUCGGGUGGUGAGGGGCAGCAAGAGGCGCAAGUCGCGGGGGUGAAGGGUGGUAUAAACGAAGGUGUGAGUAAAGACGAAGUGGUGGAAGGGGUGGCAGCAGCAGGAGAGACAGGGCUAACUACCACUGCACCUGCUGGCACUACUGCUCCUGCUUCUCCUGCUGGCACUGCUGCUCCUGCUGGCACUACUGCUCCUGCUGCUCCUGCUGGCACUACUGCUCCUGCUGCUCCUGCUGGCACUACUGCUCCUGCUGCUCCUGCUGGCACUACUGCUCCUGCUGCUCCUGCUCGCACUGCUGCUCCUGCUGCUCCUGCUGUAGCUGCUACAGCCGAAACCCCUGCUACAGCUGCAACCUGCGCUACAGUUGCACCCCGCGCUACAGCUGCAACCCCUGCUACAGCUGCAACCCCUGCCACUGCUACAGCUGAAGCAGAUGCCCCUGCUGCUGCCUCUGCUGCUGCACCUGUCCCUGCCCCUGCCCCUGCCCGUACCCCAGCUCCUGCCAUUGCUCCUGCUGCUGCCUUAUCUGCUCAAUCCCCCACCGCAGCUGGAGCCUUGAAGUCUGGUCCCGAAUCCGCUGUUCCCACUCCUGUGAAUGUUUAUGCUGCUCCUCCUCCUGCUCCUCCUCCUGCCCCUCCUCCUGCUUCUCCUCCUGCUCCUCCUUCUGCUUCUGCUCCUACUGCUCCUCCUACUGGUUCUGCUCCUGCUGCUUCCGCUCCUAUUGCUAAUGCUGCUACUGCUCCUACUGCUUCCGCUCUUUCUCCUCCUCCUGCUGCUGCUGCUGCCGCCGCUCCUGCUGCUCCUCCUCCGGCCCCUGCUUCUGUUCCUGCUCCUGCUACCUCUGGGAGUGCUGCUCCUCCUGCUCUUCCUAGUGCUCCCGCUGCCUCUGGUGCUGCUCCUACUCUAGAAAAUCCUCAUUCUACUGCUCUUCCUGCCGCUGCUCCUCCUGCUGCCUCUGCUCCUGCUGUUUCUGGUGGUGCUGCUGCCAAAUCUCCUGCUGAGCUCAGUCUGACAGAAUCAAAUCCUUCCACGGCAAUAUCAUUGCCGUUGGCAGCAUCUGCACCGGCAGUAGCAUCAGUGUCGGCUGUAGCAUCGGCACCAUCAUCACCAGCUGUAGCAUCGCUGCCCAGUGUACCAAUCGCAGCAGCUGUAGCACAGGGGGAGACUGUGGGCAAGACUGCUGCAGCUGUUGCGGCAGCCAAAAUUUUAUCCUCUAACGGGGGGGCUGAUGCUGCUGCACAUGAUAAAGCUGCGGGAAAUGCUUCUGCAGAUGUUACAGCAGACAGCAUUUUAUCCUCUGACGGGGGGGCCUAUGCUGCAGCAGGAAAUGGUAGAACAGUCACUGCUGCUGCAAGUGGUGCGGUUAAGCAAGCUGCUGCUACAAAGGAUGCUACAGCUUCUGCUGCUACAAAGGAUGCUAGAGCAGCUGCUGCUACAAAGGAUGCUAGAGCAGCUGCUGCUACAAAGGAUGCUACAGCAGCUGCUGCUACAAAGGAUGCUAGAGCAGCUGCUGCUACAAAGGAUGCUACAGCAGCUGCUGCUACAAAGGAUGCUACAGCAGCUGCUGCUCCUAGCCUUUCUGCUGCUGCACCAGAUGCUGCUGAUGCUGGUGCUAGAGCUGCUACAGCUGCUACAUCCACUACUGCCGCCACAGCUGGUGCAGGGAGUGGUUUAGUGAAGAGGGUGGGUAUCUUGACACCUGCAGCAGCGACAGCUAAGACCGUUACUACAGCCUCCACAGCUGCUGCUGUUGCUACAGCUGCAGCUGCUACAGCUGCAGCUGCUACAGCUGCUGCUGCGGCUGCCACUGGUGCUGCUUCUGCCGCGAUCUUUCCAACUUCAGUAAGAGCUGCUGAUUGCUUAUCAACAGCAAUGGCUACACCUGUUACUGCUAUAGAUGUCACUGCUACAGAUGUCACUGCUACAGAUGGUGCUUCUGCUGAUUUUGUUGCUACAGAUGUUGCUGCUACAACUUCCAUUCCAAAAGCAGCAGCUUCAGUCGCCAGCAACACCCCUGCCACCCGCACAGAUUUUAUCACUGCCAAAGCCACCACCACCACUGCUGCUGCUGCUGCUACAGCCGCCAACACCGCCCCUCGUACAGAUGUUAUUGUUUCCAAAGCCACCACCACCACUGCUCCUGCUGCUGCCGCCGCCACUGCUACUGCUGCUGCUGCAACAGCAGGUAUUACUGCUACAAAUGCCACCACCACCACUGCUGCUGCUGGAGAUGUCACUGAUUCUAAAGCCGCCAACACCACUGCCCCUCAUACGGAUGUUAUUGCUGUUAAAGGUACCACCGCCACUGCUGCUGCUGCUGCUACAAGUGUUGCUCCGAGUAAAGCUGCCACCAAUAAUAAUGCUGCUACAGGUGUUUCGGCUCCAGACAUCACACCCACCAUAACUCAGGCUCCUCAUGGCACUAGGCCAGCCAUCCCCCCCGCUACAGCCGCAACCCCCCCGGCUCCCACUCCCCCUGCUACAGCCACCAGGCUCCCUCCUGCUGAAGCCACUGCCCUUGCCACACCUUCCCCCAUUAUCUCUGCUGCAUCUCACACUCUACCUGUUACAUCUCCCCACCCCGCUGCUACAGCCGCCUCCAUUCCUGCGACAGCUGCUGCUCCCCCUGCUACAACCGCCACUGCCCUUGCUCCAUCUAUUACUCCCCCUGCUACAGCUACCGUUCCGCCUGCUACGGGAGCCAUUGCCCCCGCUACAGCCGCUAUUUCCCCUGCGACAACCACCAUCUCCCUUGCUACAACUCCCAUCAGACUCCCUGCGACAACCCGCACCCCCCCUGCCACAUCUCCCGCUGUUCCUGCUACAGCCGCCAUCUCCCCUGCUGCUACUCCCAUCAGUCUCCCUGCUACAGCUGCCACUCCUGGUGCAUCUCCCAUUUUUCGGGCUACAUCCGUGAUUUCCCCUGCUACAACCACCACUGCUCCUGCUACGUCUACCACCAGUCUCCCUGCUGCAUCUCCCACUCCCACUCCCCCUGCCACAACUCCUCCUCUUCCCGCUACAGCUGCCAAACCUCCCGCUACAGCCGCCAAAUCUCCCGCUACAGCUGCCAAACCUCCAGCUACAGCCGCCAAAUCUCCCGCUACAGCCGCCACCUCUCCUGCUACAGCCGCCAGGUUUCCUGCUACAGCCACCACCUCUCCUGGUACAGCAGCAGGCGUACCACAAGGUGAAGGAGUUGCACAAGGGGAAACCACCCUGACAAGAUCAGCAGGAGAACCAGCAGUAGCAGCAGCAGCAGCUGAAUCAACAGCAGCAGCACCAGCUGUUCGAACAGCGGUGGAACCACCAGCAGCAGCACCGCCGGCAGCAGCAGCAGCAGCAGCAGCUGAAUCGACAGCCAAUGAUUCACGGAAAAUCAUCCUUUUCCCAGGGAACACGCCUCCUCCUCCCUUCUCACUCCCCUCCUCCUCCGCCCAUCCCUCCUCCUCCCACCCUGCCAUUUCCACACCCUCUCCUCCUCCUCCGCACGCUCUCCCUCCUCCCGCCGACCCCCCAUCUGCCAGACCUUCUCCUGGCCUCUCUUCCCUUGGGACUCUAGAGCUGGCUGCAAAGCAACCAGCACUCCACUUAUCCCCGCCUUUGGGUCAAGAGCUGGCUCAAAACCCCCCUGCACUCGACCUGUUCCCCCCGUGCUGCCGCCUCCUUUCCGUGUGGCCAUCUCGCUUACUCCUGAGGAGGUAGAGGCGGACUUUCGGGCGAUCACAGGUCAACCACCGCCACAACUGCCUCUGAAGAAGCGAAGGAAGCUAGAAGCGAAUGGGUGGAUUGGAGUAGCACCAGCAGGCGCCAACAAACUGCUGCCACUUGCAGAAGAGCCUUCUGAGGAGCUGCCGUCUCAGAGCAACAGCAGCAGGGGCAUGGGGCUCCCUCCUGAAUUGGUGCGUCCUCUUGACUCGAUGCGAGAAUCGCCCGGAAAUGUCUUGGAUGGGCAGGUUGGUCUGGCAGCGCUGCCUUUGGCUGCAGCAGAACGGGGCAACCAAGAUGGUCUGUUGUCUACUGAUCAGAAUGAUCGGAAUGAUAGAAGUGAUCAAAAUGAUCAAAAUCAUCAAAAUGAUCGAAAUGAUCGAAAUGAUCGAAAUGAUCAAAAUGAUCGAAACGGUGUGUCGUGCAAAGAGAGGGAGAGCGGCUGGCAGGGUUCGAACCCACUCUUGUCCCUCCCUUUGUCGCUGCUCCAUCCUACCUUAAAGCCCCCGGUUCCCAAGCAUCACCAUCACCAUCAGCAGCAGGAGCAGGAGCAUGAGCGUGGGAUUGGGGAGGCUAGAAUGGCUGCUUUGACAGCAGUGGAGGCAGGAGCAGCUCGAGAGGAUAAGGCACGAGGAGCGGUAGGCUUUUUUGCCG